AACUCGAUUAUGUGCAAGAUCGUGCAUGUGUCUGGCUUUUCAUUCAGGUUUUACCCGUUGCCUCGACGAAUACCAUUUGGAGUGAUAAAUCAAAGUGUUUGUGUUACUGUUUGUGUGUAUGAGGCAGUGUCUCGACCUCCUCCCACUUUUUCAUUGUGUGCGCGCGCUUGCGAGUGUGUGGACCUGUCAGUCCGUCAUUCGGGCAGUGCGGGGCUGAACCGGAUACGCGAACUUACAGCAAUAUAACGUUUGCUGACAAAAUCUUAGGCUCUGGCAUUUUCCACACUCGGAAUACCACCUUUUUCUGAUAGUAGCACUCUUAUUGGGGCAGACACGCGACAAAGAAAGAAAGUGGGAGUGGGAUUUUUGCACGAUACAUAUUUGAAGGGUUUGUUGGCUUAGCUUGACUGGGGUGAGUUAGCAUGCUAUGGAGCAGCGAUGCAGUGGAUGUCUCUUCACCCCAUUAUUUCUUUUGUCUAUUAGACUGACGUUCUAGGUUUUAGGUUUUACUCUUCAUAUUCUGUGAUAUCCGUUAGUCAUUUUCUUCAUUCGUAUAAGCGGAGUCUUAAAAAGAGGUAUUGAGGAAAGCUUGCUUGGCUUGUUAGCUAGUUAGCCAGUAAGGCUUGCAAAUGAAGUCCUAAAAGCUUUUGCAGUUUACGGAUGAAGAUUUAAAAGCUAAUACAGAUUUUUGCUCUUAACAUUAAUGCUUUAUGUAAUAACUUUGUGUUGUAUCACAUUUUGGUGAGGUAUUCUACUGUCUAGCAAGCUAAUAGUUGGGUUGGUACAGUUAGCUGGCUGGGGUUAGCUAACUGAACGUUAUGCCAAAUGACAUUUUUCUAAGAGACAGUUAGGACGCCACUAGCUUAUUUAAAGCACUUGUCACUGUGUGAUAGUUAAUUUAUUGUUAUACAACAAAACAAUGGCCUCGGCUGCUAACGCUGUCGCAUCGUUGGCGAGCAAAACAAAAACGAAGAAGAAACAUUUCGUGGCUCAGAAAGUGAAGCUGUUUCGUGCCAGCGACCCUUUGCUCAGUGUUCUCAUGUGGGGAAUCAACCAUUCGAUAAACGAGUUGAGCCAUGUUCAGAUCCCCAUCAUGUUAAUGCCUGAUGACUUCAAGGCUUACUCAAAGAUCAAGGUGGACAACCACCUUUUCAACAAAGAGAAUAUGCCAAGCCAUUUCAAGUUCAAGGAGUACUGUCCUCUUGUUUUCCGUAAUUUGAGAGAGCGGUUCAACAUCGAUGACCAGGACUUUCAGAACUCUUUGACCCGAAGCGCGCCCCUUGUGAGUGAAGCUCAGGGCCGGAGUGGCGCUCGCUUUCACACCUCAUAUGACAAGAGGUACGUCAUCAAGACCAUCAGCAGCGAGGACGUGGCUGAGAUGCACAACAUCCUCAAGAAGUACCAUCAGUAUAUCGUGGAAUGUCACGGCACCACACUGCUACCCCAGUUUCUCGGCAUGUACCGCCUCACUGUCGACGGAGACGAGACUUAUAUGAUAGUCACACGCAACGUGUUCAGCCACCGGUUGUCUGUGUUUAAGAAGUAUGACCUGAAGGGAUCUACCGUCGCCAGAGAAGCAAGUGACAAAGAAAAGGCUAAAGAACUCCCCACAUACAAAGAUAAUGAUUUUAUCAACGAUGGGCAGAAAAUUUACAUCGAUGAGGAGAGUAAGAAAACCUUCCUUGAUAAGCUUCGUAAGGAUGUGGAGUUUCUUGCUUUGCUGAAGUUGAUGGACUACAGUCUUCUGGUUGGGAUCCAUGAUGUGGAGAGGGCAGAACAGGAGGACGUGGAGAGUGAGGAUAAUGAGGGAGAAGAGGAGGGAGAAAGCGACGGAGGGAUUGUUGGCACCCCCCCUGACAGUCCCAGUUACACUCUGGACAGCGCUAAACCCCUGUCGCCGGGAGACUUUGACCCUAGCAUUGACGUCUACGCCAUCAAAAGCCAUGAAAAUUCCCCUAGAAAGGAGGUCUAUUUUAUGGCUGUUAUUGAUAUCCUGCAGCAUUACGAUGCCAAGAAAAAAGCAGCUCAUGCAGCCAAAACAGUAAAGCAUGGGGCUGGGGCGGAGAUUUCCACCGUGAACCCGGAGCAGUACUCGAAAAGAUUUUACGAGUUCAUCUCUAACAUUCUGCCCGAGUUCAAGGCAAAUGAGUUGAGUUCAGUGGGAUAAAGAGGGACGCCUGCAGAGGGGUGUAGAACACUCUCUCACCUGAUCUGCCACAGGGGGGCACCCUUACAGCAGCUACAUCCACCAUUCGUUUACAUUUUCAGUUACUUGUUCUUUGUUUUGUGGGACCAUGAGAGUGAUAAAAGGACAACAGUUAUAGCCGAAUUGGGGGGAGGGGAGGGGGCUUUUUACUGCUUUCUAAAUGCAUGUCCCUUAUUCUUGUUUGUACCAUUUUUUAUUUUUCCUGCCUUUUAACACGGGAGAGGACAGAGAUAGGAGAGCUUGCGUGAUGGUCUGUGGUUCAGUUAAUGGAUGUGUAGAAUGAGGUCACUGGGAAUCAAGGACACAUCGGAACAGAAGAUCUUCUCAAUCGAAACCAUUUACCACACACCUGGCUUUCAAAUCCCAUUUCAAGCCAUAUCAAGGCUGCCCAUUCUGCUACAUGUCCACCAGGAUCUACAGCUUCUUUUAAGCUCUGCAAAGACUCACAAAGCACUUGACACCACGGCACCUGUUUGCAAAUUAUCCGCACAGUCCACUUCCUGCUCUGGACAGAGACUAACCAGAAAUGCCCUUUUAUUCAUUUACAAAAGAAGGACCCAUUGCCCCACUUGCCUUGUGUGGACAAACAGCCGAAUCCGUCUUGCAUGUUUCUUCAGUGUUCUGAGGCACAUUCGUGGAGUUACUCUGAGAUGGAGGGAAAGGUUCUGGACUUUUUUUUUGGUUGUCAUUUUCAAUUUUGCAGCAACUUGACGGGAGAGAGAAUGAAGACACUGAAACAGCAGGAUCAGUGGUUUCUCUUCAGUCAUCAGUGAAUUCUGUUACAUUAGUGAUUCAGUUGCCAUCAGCACCUUAAACUGUUGCACUUUUUAUUAGGAUCACUUGGUCUGUUACAAGCUGCAACGAUAGCACUAUGAGGCACUGUUAAAUGCAGCCUUGCAGGUUCACGUGUUCUCACGCAUAUGCUUGUUCUCAGCAGACAAAACAUAGUUUACCUCUCGCAUCGUACCAGGACACACCCAUUUGCGUUGUGUUUCAGUAUUCCAUGGAGGUUUGGGGAAGGGGUGCUUUGUAAAAAUAAUCUUUUUUUUUAUUUUAUGUGUCUCUCGUGAGUUUUGUUGUAAAUUCUCAGAACGUUCAAAUUGUCUGCAAAAUGUUGUAUAUUUUGCACACAAUGAACGGAACCAAAAUGUUGACAUAAUCCUGUUGGUUCAGCAGUGGUAUUUACAAGGGAAACAUAAUACCUGUUAACAGAUGUGAAUGCGUUUGUAAACGGCAGUGGAUUAGAAACAGGUAAUGUGAUUUAGAGAUUAACUUUUUUUAUCCAGUUCAAAAAGGCCUCCUCAUUUUAUGUUGGUUUAGAUUUUUUGAACACUUGCACAUUAUUUUUACAUCAAAUUUUAAUCCGGACAUGUAAAUGUCAGAAUUUUUAAGUGAUUUGGUAAAAGUGUUCUGAUUCAUGAAGAGAUACCGUUUUAAAUUGUGAGUACUGUCUAAAAAAAGAAAGGAAAAAAGAGAUGCUUGUUGCAAUAUUUUUUCAUGUUUGAUCUGGAUUAGUCCAGAGUUGUAUAUUUCAUGCAUAUAUAUUUUUUCUUCUGUGCCCUGACACCCCAGGUCUAUUGUUUUUAAGAUUGUCCCAUAUCUGCUUUAUACUGUGUUUUCGAUGUAUACACUGUGCAAGAGUCGUGCCUUUUUACAAGUUAUUUAAUUCUGUGUUUUUAAACUAUCUGUUUCCCCAAACCGAAGUCAAAUAUUAUUUUCCUAGGGUGGUUGUUGAAAAACUCCUGACAUAUUUUCAGUGUUUAUUUUAUUUACCUUUUUUAUGUGAGGGGGAUAUUUCAUAACCCUCUGUUACUCACAAACAGAUACGGGAUGUUUCGUUCUGUUCACAACACCCGGUCAAUGAAGAAGUCACUGUUUCUUCUUGACCGGCUAGUUCUAUGUGCAAGUCUUUGGACAAGAGUGUGCAUUGUGAAUUUGUUGAUAUGAGUAGGUGUGGCUCUUGUUAUAGUGUUAACUGUAAAUUGUGUUCAGGCUUUCUCAAACAUUUUAUCUGGAAGUAUUACCCGGCACCCUUGUUACAGCGUCUUUGGUUUGUGUUUCAUUUUCUUAAUAAACUGAGCGCUGCUUGUGCAUUUGGGAAACCA